AUGAUCGUGAACAUGCCGCCCCAUUUGGUCUUCUUGGAGCGCAUCGGAACACAUAUAUUCCGCGAGCCCAGCUCCGUCUGGGGCUACCUCCCUCAGGUCAAUCAAUGGGGCGGAAUCCGGCUGGAGUGGGAGGCGGAGCGCAUUGGGGGCCUAGACCACCUUCCGUGGUUCAAAGCGACACCCAUUUACAAUGGGGAACGCCUCGAGGUCUUCUCCGCAUUCGGCACUUCGAAGAAGGCGGCCAAGGAGGAGGCGGCCAAAAUGAUGGCCCUCAGCGGGCACUGCGUAUUCUGGUGCUGA